AUGGAGAAAACCCAUGAAGUUGAUCCAGCAGGAUCGCAGGUUGUUCACCAUGUAGAUCCUGUGCUGGAUCCAGAGCAUCAGCAUCACCAUGCUCAUCACCACCAUACCGCCUUCGCCGAACAGGGACGUCAGGAUGAAGUGGUCUACUCGAAAGAUGUCGAGUUUGAAAAAGGAAUCGUGCCUGAACAAACACCUCUGGACCACGGCAGGAAGAACUCCGACGAUGAGGAAGCCGGCGAGACUCUCCCAGUUAAGCGCACUUGGUAUCGUCGUGUGGGAAAACAAUGGAGACAUAUAUUCCAUGCCGUGGUCUGGCUACUGUUUACCGGUUGGUGGAUUGCCGGCCUGAUCCUACACCGACAUGAUAUAGGAUGGCUCAUCCCAUUCCUGCUCUAUCUUGCCAUCACGCUGCGAAUAAUCUUCUUCUAUGUCCCCAUUACUGUCGUGUCAAGGCCCAUGCACUGGGUCUGGGGGCGUACCGCUCACCCUUUCGUGCGCCUCAUUCCCGAGAAGAUCAGAACACCCAGUGCCGCCGCGCUAUGCAUCGCUGUGAUUCUUGUUGGCUCGUUCGUUUCCGAAGAAUCACAGGAUAACACCCGUGCCAACCGUGCAGUCAGUCUGUUCGGUAUGGUGGUCUUCAUCUUCGGGCUAUGGCUCACAUCUCGAAACCGCAAGAAGAUCGUCUGGCACACUGUCAUUGUCGGUAUGCUGGCGCAAUUCAUCAUUGCUCUGUUCGUGCUCCGCACCACUGCAGGAUACGACAUCUUCAACUUCAUCUCAAGCCUAGCCACUGAUCUGCUCGGUUUCGCCGCCGACGGAGUCAUAUUCCUAACCAGCGAGGAUUUCUACUACUUUGACAAGGGCUUUGCCCCACAGCAAUUCUUCAUUGUCAGCGUCAUCUCCGCCAUCAUCUUCUUCGUCGCCUUCGUCCAGCUCUUGUACUACUUCAAUAUCCUGCAGUGGUUCAUUGGCAAGUUCGCCGUCUUCUUCUUCUGGAGCAUGCGCGUUUCCGGCGCCGAAGCCGUUGUCGCCGCCGCAUCCCCCUUCAUCGGCCAGGGUGAAUCCGCCAUGCUGAUCCGUCCCUUCAUCGCCCAUCUUACCAUGGCCGAGCUGCACCAAAUCAUGUGCUCUGGCUUCGCCACCAUCGCCGGAAGUGUCCUGAUCGCCUAUAUCAGCAUCGGUGUCAACCCACAGGCAAUGGUCAGCGCGUGUGUGAUGAGUAUCCCCGCUUCACUGGCAGUCUCAAAACUACGUUGGCCCGAAGAGGAAGAAACCCUUACUGCAGGCCGUGUCGUGGUCCCCGAUGACGACGAACACCGCUCUGCCAACGCCCUCCACGCAUUCACCAGCGGCACCUGGCUCGGUCUGAAGAUCGCCGCCAUGAUCGCAUCAACCCUCCUGUGCAUCAUCGCUCUCAUUGGUCUAGUCAACGGCCUCCUCACUUGGUGGGGCCGAUACCUGAACAUCAACGACCCCCCACUGACCCUCGAGUUGAUCGUCGGAUACAUCUGCUACCCGAUUGCCUUCCUCCUCGGUGUCUCCCGGGACGGGGAUCUACUCAAGGUUGCCCAACUGAUUGGUACCAAGCUCGUUACCAACGAAUUCGUCGCCUACGACGCUCUCCAAAAUAACGCAGACUACAAGGAUCUCUCCGACCGCUCUCGCCUUAUCGUUACAUACGCACUGUGUGGAUUCGCGAAUAUCGGCUCCCUCGGUAACCAGAUCGGUGUCCUGUCGCAGAUUGCACCUGGUCGCGGUAAGGAUGUGUCCCGUGUUGCAUUUAGUGCUAUGGUUACCGGAGCCAUUAGCACUUUCACUAGUGCCACGAUUGCCGGCUUGUUGAUUACCAAUGAGAAGCAGUACUUCGGUACCUCCACGACAUCUUAA